CAGCCUGGUCCCGUAAGACAGUGUCAGAGAGGAUACGGAACAUCUCUCUCUCUGGUCGUGUGUCAAGUUCCGCAGCGAUAACAUGAGUCAUCUUAGUCCGGGGCUGCUGGGGUGUUAUAACAGUUUGGCAGACAAACACCUAAUUGGUUACUUCAGCAACACAAGAAUACGACGACAUCUUCAAAAAGUAGGGCUGAUCAGCCGGAGCGGGCGGAUUAUUCCAGAAAAGGAGUACAGGCACACGUUGCUCCAGAGGGUCCGGCAGAGGCAUGUGCGCGAGAGCCUGGCCCAGGCCGUCUUCCGCAAGGUGCUGGAGCUGGAGCGUCUCCAUCAAAUAGAGAUCAAGCGAAAACUGGAGGAAUUUGAAAGAAGAGAAAGAGUGAAUAAAAUCAAGGUGGAACGCUCCAACAGGUAUGAGGAGGAACCUGUGAUGAUACUUCCACCACGACCACCAACGGGACCAAAGACGUCUUCCACACGACAGUCUGGGCCCGACGCUGAGAACUGGGAGUCGACAGAAUCAGCUAGGUCAUCCAGGCCCAACACAGCUCCGGGGACCAUGCAGAGAGCCGUUCGUCUGAAACCCCUGCAGAGCAACAGCACAUCAGCGUCACUGAAGCGCAACUCGUCCCGGUUUAGACACCAGGACACGGCCAAUGACACCGAUCAUCCAGUCAGUUCUGCGUUUGACAGAGACGCGACGCGGCACCUGACUCUGACCAACUUCUCCUGUGUCGUCUCCCCUUACCGACUUCCGGUCAUCAACAACUUCUUGACCCCCGUGCCCCCGCUGACCAAGAGGAAGGACAAAGGUCCAAAAGGGAAUGGGACACUGCGGGGUCGAAGGUUACGACCCACCACAGCCCCAGACGCUGCCACUGCUGUUACUGAGGAGGCUGCUGUCCAGCAGGCAUCUGCCCGCAGUGUAGUCUCUGUGAGGAUGGUGUACCUCGGAAAGAGCGUGCACCUGACCCCUGACCUCACAGACAUGAAGGACGAGGUGAAGGUGUUCCAGCAGCACUGUGGGGGAGAGAACCUCUGUGUCUACCGAGGGAGGCUCACAGAAGGAGAGACGUUCCAGUUUGUCUCCCGGCGUCACCGAGGUUUUCCGUUCAGCCUGACCUUCUUCCUGAAUGGGCUGCAGGUGGAGCGUCUCAGCUCCUGCUGUGAGUUCAAGCACAGGAAGGGCUCACGCCUUGGGGGACGCCACGGCCACUUUGGCUUCUUUGGGGUUGAGGGGGCGUCGCCAUGCUACAGAUGUAUUAUUGCCAUGGGCUUGGACAAAAAACCCACUCCACCAAAGACAAUCAAAGAGGACCCUCUCAUCUCCAAGCCCCAGGGAAAGGGCGAGGAGGAUGAGGAUGAGGAGGAGAAGGACCCGGAGCUGCAGGAACCGGACGCAGCCGCGCAGAGAGACGCCACUCAGGGGGGAAAAGCCCUAAAGGACUAUGAGGAAGACUUUGAGGCUGACGAUGAAGGCCCCAUGGAGGACGAAAUGUUGCCCUCUCCCAACAGGGAGGAAGAGGAGGAAAGCAGAAGUAAGGAUGAGAAUGAAAAUGGAGUGAGAGGAAAGCAUCAAGACCAAGACAAGGAACCUGAAGCAGUGAAAAGGUCGCCAUCCAUCUCGUCAAGUAGCUCUUCAGAGAGUGAGGAAGAUGAACGCGAGGGUGUCGCAGAGCCCGACGAUGACGAAGAACGAGUCACAGCCGACGUCCCGGGGGAGAGCGUGCGAUCCGAGAGUCACAAUUCCACGCUGACGUCAGAAAAAGACGCCAGUGUGGGUCCGGGGAGACAGGGCACAGAGACCAACUCGGUGUCUCUCCCGCAGUCCGAGGAGGAAGACACGGAGGUCCAGGGGGGCCCUGUUUAUGCCUCCGAGGAGAGUGGGGUGGACAUGAUCAAAGACACAGAUGGUGGCGGGGGGGCGGAGCUUGGAGAAGGGCCCGCUGGAGACCCAGCCCACGAUGAAGCCACGGGGGCGGAGCUAGAGGGAGCCAAGUCUGUGCAGGCGAAGCUGGCAGAGGCCGUUCUGGAAGCGGCUGUGUGCCGGUCCGAGCCAGAGCUGAGUGACACCACCACGGAGGAGGACGAGGUGGCCUCCAUCAGGCCCGGCUGGGGCAGCCGAGGGGCAGAAGUAGAGAAGGAUGCAGUGCAGUGGGCAGUCAUGGAGCGGGAGGAGAUCUGUGAGGAGAGAGCAGCUUCAGAGACCAAGACUCGAACACAAGGACAUGUUGGCACGUGGCAAACCGCAGAGGAGUUGGACAAGGAAACGCAGGAGACAGCACAGCUCCAGUCAGACACGGCCGAGGAACCGACGGAGGAGCUGGAGAAGACAGGAGAGGUGGAAGGCUCCAAGGCUGAGGAGUUGUUGGUAACAGAAGCACAGGAAGAGCUGGAGAGUGGAAACAGAGCUGAAGAAACAGCAGGCACUCGGGUAGAGGAACCAGACACGGUGGAAGCUGAGACCGAACAGAGGGAGGUGAUCACAGAGCCUCAGGCUGAGGAACCCGGAGAGGAACCUGGAAAGGAACCCAGAAAGGAACUAGCAGAGGAACCCGGAGAGAUGACUGCAGGUGACACUCCCAACAUGGGCGAUACUGAGGAGCUGAUUGAGGAACCCAGAGAGGAGCCUGGAGAGGAACCCGGAGAGAAACCCAGAGAGAAACCCGGAAAGGAACCCAGAGAGGAACCAGCAGAGGAACCCGGAGAGAUGACUGCAGGUGACCCUCCCAACAUGAAUCAGCACGGCGAGAUAGAGGGUCAGGAACAAGCCGAGGGAGCCGUGGAGAACACAGAGGAUGCAGGAGCAGCAGAAGGUGUGGGAAAAGAAUUUCCUGAAGAGAAGGAGAUCAGGGCAGACGGAGAGGAAGCAGGCGAUGAUUUGGAGGGUGUAGAAAACCCCAGAGUGGAGGAGGGCAAUACUGAGGAGUCCAGAGGGUGCAGUGAGGGAGAUGGAGAGAUGAAGGCAGAAGAAAAGGAGAAAGGCAGCGAGGUCACAGGACCCCUCCAGGAUGGAGCCACAGACGAACGAUCAGAGGCGAGGGAGAGGGUUACUGAGGAGAGACAGGUGGAGGUCAAUGGAGAGAAAACAGAUGACGAUGAACAGAGAGAAAACGAAUCCGCAGCAGAGAAAGACGACGCGUCUAAACCUCACGACACUGAAGAUGCCGCCUGCAAUAAGUCUGAGGAAGAAGUGAAGGGAGAGGAAUCGAUAAAAGAGGCUGAAACCGAAGAUGGAGGAAAAGGGGAGCGAGAGAAAGAACUGGGUGUCCGCGAUGAAGAUGGAGAGAGUGACGUCGCCCGUGUAGCCGAGGGUUCUGAGGAAGAAAGAUCGGGCAGAGGCGAGGUGGAGGUAAGGGCAGGAGGAGAGUGUGAGAGCACGGUGGAAGCCUCGGCAGACCAGGAUCCUCAGACGGAGUGGGAGGUGGAAGGUGGUGCAGCUGGAGCAGAGGUGGAUGAACGACAUGAGAAUGAGGAGAGAAACAGCGGCGAGAUGACCAGCGACCUCACAAACCAAGAGAGAGAAAGUAAGGUGGGGGUCGGCGAGAUCGAGAAGAAGCCAGAGGAGGAAGGUGCUGGAAAGAGAGGACCAGAGCGUGGAGCAGAGGAAAACAUCAAACAGCAAGAGGAGGCCAAUGACAGCAAAGGAGUGCAAAACGAUGAACCUGAGGGAGUAGCGAAGCAAAGCGAGUUGCCAAGGGAGACUGAAGAUGGAGGAGAAAGGGAAGAAAAAGGAGGAGUUGAUGGAGGUGUGGAUGGAAAAGAAGAUGGAGAAGAGGAAGAAGACCCACGAGGACCCUCAGUCAGCGCAGACGUGGAAAAUGGAGAGCAGGAAACGAUUGGCCAUCACACUGAGCUCGGAGAGCAGGAAGAACCUAUAGAAGAAGGACGUGGAGAGACGAACCAAAGAAAAACAAAGCAGGACUCGGUCCAUGAAGGAGAUGUGGAAGACAACCAGAACGAUGGAGACAAAGGAGAGGUGCAGGAGGCCCAGUCGCUGAAGGGCCAAGGUGACCAUGCCGACGAGGCUGAACUCGGGUCUGAGAGCGAAGUUGACGCGGAAGAUCCUGCAGACGCAGAAUCGAAGCUGAAACCCGUGGCCGAUUUAGACAGAGACGACACUCGAGAUGGGUUACCUGCUAGCGGAGAAGCCAGGAGUCCAGCUGGAGAAAGCAGCAUUCCUUCUGAGCCCCAGCCAGAAGAAGCGCAACCAGAGGAGAAAGCGCUGUCUGUCAGGGAGGAGGACAGGGUGACCCAGCUUCCUUCUGCUGCCCCCCCGCCAGGUCAGGGGGAUCUGGUUAGUAACUGGGUGAACGUCCACCGCGCUGCCAGGUAUUUCGAGACGUUCCCGGAACCACUGGAGGAUAUGGAGAGCCUUGGACCCCCCGAGGGAGAGAAGAGGGUGAGGGAUGAGGCUCUGGAGGCAGAAGAGGCUGAGGAUCCAUCUGAAAGCACCAAGCACCAGCAGAUCGAAUACAAGGCCAUGGCAGAAACGCCCACGGGAAAUAUCAAAAUGGAGACCAAAAGUGAAGCUUUAGAACCAGAAGCUAAAAGUCUCCAGCCAACAGAAAGCCCACCCAAUCCCACUAAACAUUUAUCAGAAACUGGCGAGGGUCCCGGUGUGGAUGAGCUUGUGCACAGUACUGAGUCACAGCACACAGCAGGGGCCCAGCAAGGGGUUACUAUAGAUACUGUCAUUAACCUGCCAUCACCUUCAGUGAUGAAGGUUGAGAUUAGUCAAGCUAUCUGA